AUGAUUGUUUCAAUUCCCGCUGAAUGUUUACAAGAAAUUUUUGAAAAUUUACAAGACGACGAAAUUUCAUUACAUUCCAUAUUAUUGGUAAAUCGUUUUUGGUGCAAAAAUGUUUUACCAAUUUUAUGGAGACAACCCUUCUAUUUGUGUGCAAAGAGAGGAGCUUCUCCAAAACUGGUGGAAACUUUUAUUCAAUGUAUGGAUAAUGAAUCCAAAUGUCAAUUGAGGCGCGAAUGUAAAGCAUUAAGACGAAAGAUAUCUUCAAGAAUUCAACCAAAUUUUGAUUAUGCUAGAUACUUGAGAAGGAUCUCUACAAGCGAUUUAUGGGAAAGUGUUCGGAAAUGGGUUAAUAAUAAAGAAUCUAAAACAGCAUCCACUCUUAAUCCUUCCAACACUAAAGAAAACACAAAUACAAACAUUUAUUCAUCAAAUAAUAAAUCUACUUAUUACGAUCAAUUAAUGAGUCCUGAUCAAAAGAUGAUCAUAAGUGUUAUAAAGGAAUUGAGUUUGUUGUUUAAUAAGCAAUGUUCGGCAUUUGAUCAAUUGACAUUUAAUACUGAUCAUGAUGAAGUUAUUGGGUUUUAUUUAUUAAGAUGCUUACCACAAAUACGAGAAUUUAAUUAUUCAGGAUGGGGAAAUAAAGAAAGGAAUUUGGAUGUUGCUGCUAGAUCAAGUAAUUGUCAGAAUUUGAGAAAAUUAAUUAUAGAAAAGGUUUCGACAGAAUCUAAACGAGGUGUAUAUGGUUUGAAGUAUGGUGGUAUUGGAAGGCUUGAACCAAUUACAACCUUUUUUCCUAUACCAAAUCCCAUUAGAUCACAAAGGCAUACGGGUCUUCGUGGUAGUGUCGCUCAUACAAAUUCAAUGAUCAAUGAUUUAAUAUUAUCGUCACCAUAUGUGCGACAUCAAUCUUAUAAUAUCACUGAAAAUAUAGAUAUAGGAACGACAAAUUUAUUGGACCCUUUCUAUGAAAUAUUUACUUCCACAGGGACGCAAAUGUCAAAGAAUUUAUCAUCAUUUCGUAAUGAUACACCCAGAUCAGAAAGAGAACAUCUUGAAAAUUUAAUCGAGUCACAAAAAAAUUUACAAUACAUCUCCAUUUCUUUUUGUGAUUUAAAUUUGAACUUCAUCAAUUCUCUUGAAUCGCAAUCAAGGUCAUUAACUUAUUUAGAGUUUGACACAAUAACUUUUGAAAGGGAUGUUGACUUGAAAUUGUUUGGAAUUUUUCCUUCAUCAACAAAGUCAACAAAUAAUGAUCAAACGAAUUCUUUGGAUAGUUAUUAUUCUUACAACAGAUGUGAUGUUCCUUUCUCGACUUCUUUCCUAUCAUUACAGUCAUUGAGUGUUAGGGCAUCAUCAAUUUCUCAAGAUUCCUUAUUAUUUUUGAUAAGGUCCUCUUCUUAUACGCUUCGUUCACUUACAUUGAAUUGUCAACAUGACAUUGAUUUCAUUUUGCUCACCCUUAUAAUCACUCAUUGUCAUCAUAUCAGUGAAUUGGAAUUCUACAUUGAAGUGCAUGAUUUGACUGAUUGCUUUAGAAUACUGAGUGAAUAUCACACAUUGAAGAAAUUGAAGUUAUGUAACGGGACAUGGGGAAUUAACCCAAGCGAGCAAUUGUUGAAAAUAAUAAAUUUGAUACCAAAGGGAUUGAGAAAAUUGGUCUUUCCUAAAAUUUGGACUUUUAGUUCCAUAGCAUUGGAUGAAUUCUUGAAAAAAUGUGAUGUGAAAUUAGAAGUUUUAGAAUUAGUUUAUUCAUAUUAUAGUUCAUAA